AUGUCUACACUCGGUGAUCUCGACAUUGGAGCAGCGAAUGCAGGUGGUUCCGCAGCGGAGGGAGCGCCCAAGAGCCCACUGACGGACACGGAUCGGGCGCGUCUGGAACGCAGCUUGGGACAUCGACCGGAUCGGCACGAGCUGGAGGAACGCAACAUCCUCAAGCCCGGCAACCUUGCGCCUGCGCUCCAGGCCAGACGUGACGAGCUGCAAAAGUCGCAACUCGCCGACAAACUCGAAGGCCGUCUGGAACGACGACCCGAAAAGGACGACCUUGUCAAUCGGGGUAUUUUGAAGGAUCAGAGUGUCGCUCCGGCACUGCAGGCCAAGCGAGAGGAGCUGCAAAAGUCGCAGCUGACGGACAAACUCGAAGGCAGACUCGAGCGACGACCCGAAAAGGAUGAGCUGGUCAAUAGGGGCAUCUUGAAGGAUCAGAGUGUAGCUCCCGCCCUGCAGGGAAAGAAGGAGGAACUCGAACGAGCCCGACUCGGAAACUCGCUUCAGAAGGAGCUCGAACAUCGUCCUCACCCCGAAGAACUCCGACAGAAAGGCAUCCUCCCCCAAGAUGCUUAA